CGAGAUCCAUGCUUCAACCCAAGAGCCUUUCGCACCAUGACGACGGCACAAUUGCCAGCCCAUAUGCAGAUCUUUGAUCCAGUGCCGUUUUAUCUCGCUAGGUCGGGUCCAUUGGAGUUCACGUUAUUCUCUCAACUUCCAACUGAGCUUCGCCAGAAGAUAUGGUGCCACUUUCUUGAACAACCACGGAUGGUAAAACUUGGGUUGUGGUCCCAUAGACUCAUGGAUGUCAUUAUAGACCACGAGGGAGAGGGCUCGUCGUCUUCUGCUAACCAUGAUGGGCCCUGUGCUGUGGUUUUAGGCCGACGCCAAAAGGUUCUGAGCAAAUUGCUUCGAGUCAACAGCGAAGCGAGAGAAACUGUCUUGUCUUUUUAUCGAGCUCAUCUUCCAUGUAGGAUGUUCAAGAAGGAAGGCAAGAGUAAAUAUACUACCGCAGAAGGCGUAGUCUACAUCAAUCCCGAGUUUGACUUCGUCUAUUUGAAGUCCAAGGAGGGCAACAGUUAUGUUCCCUUCAUCCACUAUUUCAAGUCUGUUGUUGACCCUCGCGGGGUUGGUAUCCUCAACCUCAUCCUAAAUCCUAAGUCCCUCGGUGACCUAUACGGCGCGAUCCCGCAACACUACGACGCGUCCGUAAGAAAAUCAUUUACAAAUACGCUACAGAGUCUUCGCCAGGUCUACUUCCUUGAUAAGAUUUCAAGUCGUAUGGUACCUAACUGGAACAUGAUGUGUCAACCAGCAAAGUAUCAAGUUAACCGUUCUUGUCCGAUAUCAGCCACAGGAACGUCAUUUCAACGUUUCCCUCGCGAUCCACGCGCUGUCGGUCUGGAUCUCAAGAUCCUCCUCACACACACCUUUGCAUCGUCUUUCGUAAGAGACUGGCGUGAGUUCCUCACAAGCUGGGGUAUAGCAGUGUCAACGGCGACAGGAACAGAAACUCAGGAAACGACGAAGACAGCGACAGAUAUUCGCCAUCUUGUCGCAUGCAAACCAAGACCAGGUAGCAAUGAUGGCGUCUACGACCGCAAGAGCGCGCAGGGGAUGUUAAAAUCCGAGAUGGAUCACUGGACCGGAUAUGGCUUUGCUGACGUUUAUUCACGCAAGGACAACUGGGGUAAAUAUAUUACGGCAGAGGCUAGCAACGAAGACUUGGAAGAGGCCCUCGCUGUAAAACCAGCUUUCGGUUUCUGGGUGUUCCCUACAGAAGCUUGCAUAUCGGCGAUCAAUCAUCAUCAACAUAAUGAAUGGCCCGUUUUGGACUAUACGGGAUAUUGGCCUGAGCUUUUUCUGUGGAACUUGGACUAGAUCAGUGAUAGAUUGCACUAGUAAUGGAAGCUGUGGCCGCAAUAGAGAUAUAGCACGCAGAGAAUGAGAGAUAAAGUAAGGG